GCGUGCGGGUGUGUGUGUGUGAGAGAGUGUGUGUGCGCGGGCUCUCACAGCGAGCUGUCACUGGGCUUACGGCUUUGGCUGCCUUUGGCGUGCAGGACUGCAGAAGAGAGAGAGAUAGUGUGUGUGCGUGUGCGUGUGUGCACGCGUGUGUGUGUGUGCGUGUGUGUAUGUGUAUGCGCGGGUGUAAUUCCGUUUGAUUCGCGCUGCGCUGCGGUGAAGAGCAGGUGGCUAUGACAUGAGCGGGAAGAAAGAAGGGACAGACCUACGAGGACACCAGAUAUUCCUGACGCCUCCGGACCCAGAACACACACCCGUGGAGCCGCUACAGGAUGCUUUCCUCCGGCUGGCGUCAGUGGUGGAGGCCCACAGACUUCAGGCCACCAUCACGCACACACUACAGAAUACCAUUCCACGCCUGGAGUGUGUGUAUCUGUACCUGUUGGAGGCGGGGUCUAAUCGGCUGCUGUGUGAGGACCCUCCUCAUGAGAUACCUGCAGAGGGCAAGCUCAGGGAUGGAGUAAGUGUGCGUAGGAGGAGUGUGUGUCCCGGUCUUCCUGCUGCAGAGCUCCAUCAGAGACAGCACACACACCUGGCCUCCCCUCUACCGCCUGGCAAACAAGUUCUGAUUGUUCCGCUGGUAGAUGAGAAUCUGGACUUGGUCAUCGCUGUCCUGCUGAUAUGCUGUCAGAAGCUGACCGAACAGGAUGAGCAGCAUCUCAGUGCACUGGAGAAACAUGUGGCAGUGGCAUGUGUUCGUGUGCGGACGCUACAGAGGAAUACAAUAUGGCCGCCCCCACUCUCCCCCGCCCUAUCGCAUCACCCCCCUCUUUCGCCCGGGCUAUCCCAGCAUCCCCCUCUCUCCCCCGGGCUAUCCCAGCAUCCUCCACUCUCACCCGCGCUGUCUCAGCAUGCCUUGCCUCCAGAGGACUACUGGGAACUCGACCGCAAGAUACUUCAGCUCUGUGGUGAGCUGUAUGACCUGGAUGCAUCUUCGCUGCAGCUCAAAGUCAUCAACUAUUUGCAGAAAGAGACUCGAUCUCAGUUCUGCUGCCUAUUGUUGGUGUCAGAAGACAAUCACCAACUCUUCUGCCAGGUGGUGGGAGACAAAGUUCUAGAAGAAGAGAUCAGUUUUCCACUCAUGUGUGGGCGUUUUGGUCAAGUGGUGGAGAAGAAGAAAUCCAUUACUCUUCAGGACAUCAGCAAGGAUGAGUGUUCUCAGCUGUGUUCUCUGCUGGGUGUGGAGGUUGUCAGCUCCAUGCUGUGUGUUCCUGUUCUCAGCAGAGCCACCGGACACACAGUCGCGCUCGCCUGUGUCUUCAACAAGCAAGGGGGACAGAGGUACAGUAGUUUUGAUGAGCAUGUUAUUCAGCAUUGUUUCUGCUACACCUCCACGGUCCUCACCUCCACUCUGGCCUUUCAGAAGGAGCAGAAGCUCAAACAGGAGUGCCAGGCUCUGCUUCAAGUGGCCAAAAACCUCUUCACACAUCUCGAUGAUGUGUCCUUACUACUGCAGGAAAUCAUCGUUGAGGCCAGGAAUUUAAGCAACGCAGAAAUUUGUUCCGUGUUUCUGUUGGAUUCGGUCAGUCAUGAGUUGGUGGCCAAGGUGUUUGAUGGAGGACUAGUCAACGAGGAGGAGAAUGAGUUCCGCAUCCCGUCUGACCAGGGGAUCGCUGGUCACGUGGCGACGACAGGGAAGAUUCUAAACAUCAAGGACGCGUACUCGCACCCGCUGUUCUACCGCGGCGUUGACGACAGCACGGGAUUCAAGACACGCAACAUCCUCUGCUUCCCCAUCAAGGACGAGAACGGAGAGGUGAUUGGCGUGGCUGAGCUGGUGAAUAAGACCAAUGGGCCGUGGUUUAAUCGCUUCGAUGAGGACCUGGCAACCGCCUUCUCCAUCUACUGUGGCAUCAGCAUCGCCCACUCUCUCCUGUAUAAGCGCGUGCAUGAGGCGCAGUUCCGCAGCACGCUGGCCAAUGAGAUGAUGAUGUACCACAUGAACGUGACGGAGGACGAGGUGGGACGCCUUCUCAGCAGAGGACUCACACAGACACACACACUCCACCCUGCCUUCGACCAGUUCGCAUACACACCCCGAUCCCUGCCGGAUGACUCCACGCCCAUGGGUAUUCUGAGUAUGUUUGAGGACAUGGGUUUCAUCAACACCUACAAGAUCGACUUGAACACGCUUGCCAGGUUCUGCCUGAUGGUCAAGAAUGGUUACCGAGACCCUCCGUACCACAACUGGAUGCACGCCUUCUCAGUCUCGCACUUCUGCUAUCUGCUCUACAAGAACCUACAGCUCGCCAACUACCUCGAGGAUAUAGAGAUCUUUGCUCUCUUCGUCUCCUGUAUGUGUCAUGAUCUGGACCAUCGCGGAACAAACAACUCUUUCCAGGUCGCCUCGCAAUCUGUUUUGGCCGCUCUCUACAGCUCAGAAGGAUCAGUCAUGGAGAGACAUCAUUUUGCCCAAGCCAUUGCCAUCCUCAACACUCGCGGCUGCAACAUCUUCGACAAGUUCUCCAGAAAGGACUACCAGCGGAUGCUUGAUCUGAUGCGUGACAUCAUCCUGGCUACUGACCUGGCACAUCACCUGCGCAUCUUCAAAGACCUGCAGAGAAUGGCUGACGUGGGCUACAAUGUUAAAGACACUAGUCACCACAAUCUGCUGCUGUGCCUGCUGAUGACAUCAUGUGACCUCUCAGACCAGACGAAGGACUGGAAGACCACGCGCAAAAUAGCUGAGCUGAUCUACAAAGAGUUCUUCUCUCAGGGGGAUCUGGAGAAGGCGAUGGGGAAUCGUCCCAGUGAGAUGAUGGACAGAGAGAAGGCCUACAUCCCCGAACUCCAGAUCAGCUUCAUGGAACACAUAGCCAUGCCCAUAUACAAGCUGCUGCAGGAGCUGUUUCCUGGAGGGGCGGAGCUUUAUGAGCGGGUUUCGGCCAAUCGUGAGCAGUGGACAAAGGUCUCCCACAAGUUCACUCUGAGGGGGUUGCCUAGCAACAAUUCCCUGGACUUCCUGGAUGAGGAGUACGACCUGAUGCAAUCCCAGGGUGCAUUUGGGGACGACCCGCCCCCGCUCAACGGUUGCCUGGACGACGUAGCGGCCACAGAGCACCAGGGGAAGUGACAUCACUGGGUCAGGUUGUCAACAGGAAGUGUUUCCUAGGAGACGACCCGGAGUCUUGCUGCCAUAGAGACAUGUGAAACUAUUGGAUGCAGUAACAAUGAACCUGAUGAUGUCAAGAUUUUAACA